AUGACCUGCUCCCUCGGGUCUGAAAUGACCAAUCAGCCUGGAUGCGCUCAAGUAUUUCACUGGCUUUCUGUCUUUUGCAGCAAACUGGGGUCAGUACUCCAACGAGCUUUCUAUGGGGCCAGUGGACGGGUGACCCUGUAUGAACAGCGUAACUUCACUGGACACCGGCUAGAUCUGACCACAGAUUGUCAGCGGCUAGCUGACAGGGACUUUCCUGAGAGAUGCAACUCUGUGAAGGUGGAGAGUGGCGCAUGGGUUGGCUAUGAGCAUGAGAGCUUCCGGGGUCGGCAGUACCUGUGGGACAUGUAUGACCAAGGGGAAUACCAAAGCUGUGACAAGUGGUGCUCCCCAGUGGACACUGUAUCUUCUGUGCGAAACAUCAGACAGGAUGAAACUGCCCCCCGAAUCCAACUCUUUGAGAGACCAGGCUUUUCUGGGAAGAAGGCUGAAAUUCAAGAUGACAUCCCCAACUUAAUGACUAGAUUUGGCAUUAACCGCAUAGCAUCUGCCCGGAUUCUAGGAGCAGUGUGGGUCCUCUACCAGGAACCCAACUACAGAGGGCCACACUACAUCCUGGAAAGAAGAGAUUAUAGCAAUUACACAGACUGGGCCGCACAAGGAAACACCGUAGGCUCCCUUCGACGGGUUCGUUUCAGUUGACCAAAAGCCUGCAAAU